AUGGCCGAUCGUGAUUUUUCUGGCCUUUUACAUCUGCAAAACAAUAGAAAACGACAAAGGAAGGAGAAGAGACAGUUGAAAAAGAUUGUCAAAAAGGCAUUUUCAUCGCACAAAAAGGUAAAAUAUAGUUUUGAAUAGUUAUGACUAUGAUAAGGUAAAGUUCGUUUCAUUUUAUUGUUUUAACUGUUUAGGUAGAAGAUGUUAUCAAAAGUGAAUUCGAAUCAAAACGCAAGAAGUUGAAGGAAAAGACAAAAAAGACGAAGAAGGAUAAAAGUUUGAGUAAAGAAGUGGAAAGCUUUCAUGAACAAGCAAGGAAGGAGAGGAUGAAGAGAUUGGAAGAGGAACUUGAAGACGAUGAGAAAGAAAUUAGAAGAUUGAGCAAGAAGUUGGGCUACAACAAACGAAAAUCUGCAUCUGCUCCAGAAGUCAUUGCUAAAGAAGGAUUGGAUUGUAGGUGUUUGUUAGUAUAACAUAGUGUUGGAAACUAUAAAAGAAUCAAUAUUGUCUUAUAAUUAAAAUGUUGUUGUAGGUUUGUGGGAUGUGUGCGAAGACGAAAAACGAGCCGAAUUGGCUAAGAACGAAAAGGAAGAUCUGGCUAAAAUCACAGCUGAAGAUGCUGAUAUUGACGAUAUCAACUUGGGCGAUUCAGAUGAUGAAAAGAUGGUGCCUAAAAAGAAGGUCAGAAAACUGGAUACGAGUGCUGUUGAAAAGGUAACAUUUGUUUGAUUUUUACUGUUUAGGAGUUAGUAUUUUUAAAUUUUUAUUUUCAUUUUAGCUUCUGGGAGAUCUUGAAGGUGAUUUGGCAGCUUUAGAUGAUUCUACUGAAGAUGAAGCUGAAGAUAUGGACGAGUACGAUGAUGAAGAUGACGAAGAAAUUGUUGGACUGAAUGACGGGGACGCUGACUUUGAUCAUCAAGAGUUUGACGAUGAACUUGAUGAUGAAGGAGAUUUAGGCGAUGACGAAAACGAUGAAUUCGUUGAAGAUGACGAUAAUCCACGAGUUUCAGAAGAUAUUUACGGGAGAAAGAUUGAUGCGAGAACAGGGAAACUUCUGGAGAAGAUUGAUGUAAACAAAGCGGCUGAAAAGUUGAGGCAAUUGGAAGAAGAGUCAGGACUGAGUAAAGAAGCCAAGUUGCAGUUGACGAAACAAAUUAGAAGUAUCGUGAAUAGAUUGAAUGAAGGAACAUUGGUGAAUUCUAUCAAGACGUUGACUGAUUUGUACAAUUCUAACCCAAGAAAUGGUACGUUUUAAGUUGUGUUUAAAAUUAAAAUUUAGGUAAUAAGUGAAGCAAAUAAUCUUGUUUAAAGUUUUUGUAUGUAACUAAAAAUAAGGUAUCUUCAGAUGUAAAAGAGAUGGUAUACGAAGUGUUCAGUAAGGCCGUGUUUACUGCGUUUGCUUUAACCGACAGACUGUUAAUCGAAUACUCUGCGUUCUUAUCAUUGGUUCAUCAACUUAUUUCUACUGAUAUUUGUAAGUUUUGUACAGCAUACGGUAGAGUGAUUUGACGCUUCUGUAAAAGCUUUUAAAAUGUUUUACUGCUAUUUGACGGAAAGACUAUAUUUGACGAGGAGGCUGAUAAUUUUAUUGUCAUAUUGUUAUAGUAAAACAUUAUUUUAGCCGCUCAUCUUGUAGAGAAGUUCACACUGAACUACUUGGACCAAUUAUCAAAAGCUGAGGACGAAAGUGCUUCGAAAGUGUUGAGAAACGUGACAAUUGUAUUUGCACAGUUAUACAACUUUAAAGUGAUCAAAGCUGCGUUUGUUUUUGAGUUGUUGGAUCGACUUCGAAAAAUGGAAAACCCCUUAGGGUUUAAUCUUGUUGGUGAUAUGUUUACUUGUAGGUUUAAAUUUUUUAUUCAUAUAGUGAUGUAAAAAUGCAUUAUUUUUAUAUUAGAAAACAUUUUCUUGUACACUGUGUUGGGGGCUCAGCAUUAUGUGAAAAACAUAAUAAGUCGACUAUAAUGAGGAGUAAAUCAUUUGUGAGGUUUCAGAUGCCGGAAACUCUUUACGAAAGAAGGAAACAUCACUACUGAGCGCUUUCAUCAGUCGCUUACAAGAGCAAGUGGCGAGUAUGGAUAAGGAUGUUAAAGAUGAGUAUGUUAUUUACCAUUUCAAUACGAGUUUUUAUAUUAAUUUAAGUUUUUAUUGAGUUUUUUAAUCUUAUUGUAAAUGUCAGUGUGUUGCUGACGUUUUGUGGUUGUUGCUAAUGAUUUUGUGGUAGUAAUAGUAGUAUAUAUGUAGAUGUAGUAGGAAUAUGUGGUAGUAGUAAAGUAUGAUGUUUUUCAAUUGUGUGUUGUAUACUAUCUUAUUAUUAUUAUUAUUUAGUCCCCGUAUUUCAUACCUAGUGGAAGAUUUUCUACAAAUAAAAGGAAACAAAUUGGCCAAAUAUACUGAAAAAUUCGAUUCUUCAUUCUUGGAUCACUUCCAGAAAGUCGUCAAAGGUCUCACUAAAAGUAAGUUUUUGAGCUUCAACGACUUCUUAAUCUGUAAUAGGUAACAUAAUUAUCGUAAGCCACAAUAAUUAUAAUAUACAUGUUAACACGCCUGUUAUACGACAUGUUUUUUUAGAAUCUGACCCAGUGACUGAGCUAGGAUUCUCGGUAACCGAUGUUCUGAACGUGAAAGAGAAGGGACGUUGGUGGGUGGUGGGAUCAGCGUUCAAUCGUAUAACUGUUGAUAAAGAUACCACCACAACAGUGGCAAUAACAAGUGGACUUAACAAAUUUGACAAAUCUUUAUUAAGCCUGGCUGAAAAACUGAAAUUGAAAACUGACAUCAGGAAGACGAUAUUCUGCACGGCUAUGAGCGCUACGGUCGGUGAUAUUAAUGUGAUAUUUUUAGAUGUGUUUGUAUUUUUAAUUAUGUCAUUAAUGGACUUAAGACAAGGGCUUUUUUCACUGUAAAAGUAGUAUGUUAUCGCUGUUAUAUUAUAUAUUGUCAUGUUCCUUACUGUUUAAAAAAGUCUUAGUUUGAUGUUUCAGAACGUGGUAGACGCCUUCGAAAAACUUCUGAAGCUGACAACAAAGAAUGAUAAACAAGGUCGAGAAGUGAUCUACAUUUUGUUCGUUUGUGCCAUGAAUGAAAAGGUAUAUAACCCAUUCUACGGCGCUGUAAUUGAGCGGUUUUGUGGCCAUAAAAAGACAUUUAAAUUAACUGCACAGUUCGCUGUUUGGGACAAAAUCAAGGAAUUGGCGGAUACAAAGCCAAAACAAAGAUCAAACCUGGCCUAUUUGAUAGCUGAUAUGAUCAGACUGGAGUGUGUGCAGCUCAGUGCUUUGAAAGUAAGUAAAAAUAUAAUGAUAUCGCUAAAUGAGUUUUUUUAGAGAUAAGGGUGGCUAUAGUCAAAACAUCCAGAAUCAGAUAAUUUAAGAACCAAGAAAUGUUUUUAUUAAAUUUUUGGCAGAAAAUUAAACUCAAAAUUGCAUUUUCAGACAGUCAAUUUCGCCAUGAUGGACCCAGUAAUCUCCACCUUCCUAAAGCGCCUCUUAUUCCGUCUUUUUGUAAAGUCGAAGGAUUCAGAUUUAGAAGACAUUUUCCGACCGGUCGUAGAAAAUUCCAGGUACGAAUUGUUAUCACAAGGUCUUCAGUUGUUCUUUGAAGUGAAUCUGAAGCCAAAAGAAGACUUUGCCGAAUCACCAGAAUUGGAUAUAUUCCUCAAAAGGUUAUCCACUGUCAGAAGUCUCUGGGGCAGAGCUUUGUAA